CGAGAAACCUAGCGGGAUAGCCGAUCAUCAUCGCGACACGACGCAUCUCGACGCGCAAAGAGCGAGAGACCGGAGUUCAGUAUCGCCCGGAACCCGGACCCGACCGGACUCCAGACACUAACACUCCUUGCCUCCACGGACACGCCCACCACAUCGCUAACGCACACGCAUCUGGAAUAAAACGCUUCGAAAGCCGAUUAAAAGUCGCAAGCUCGUCGCCAGACUUGCCAUUUCCGGGUGUCAACAACAUUCUUCCGGGGUUUUUCAACCGAGAGAAAAAAAGUGGGAGUGGCGGUUACCUUUUGCAUUAAAUAUGAACCGCAGCCCGGAGUUUAAUAAAGCGAUCCGGGCAAAAACGCCGAUGUAAUAAAAUUGUUACUAGUGUUCGAAUUAGUUAAUCGCAAAGUUCAAGAUGUUUGGGACGACCGUUGUUUGCCUGAUUGCGGCCCUGCAAAUAUUAGUGGAUAACUGCUUGGGACUGCGCCUCACCAACAUGACAGCCCCCGCCCUGCAAGACCCUCGCCGAGACAUGGAACUCCACUGCAGGUUCGACAUGGGGGGCGAGGAGCUCUAUGCCGUCAAAUGGUACAAAGACGACCACGAAUUCUUUCGUUACACCCCAGCUGCAGCCGUCAGUAUCACUCAGUUCCCCGUAGAUGGGGUGCAUGUUGAUAGACAAAACAGCAGGUGCAUGCCCGAAGGAUGCGAUCUCUUGCUGAAAGAGUUGUCUAGACCGCAGAGUUCAGGGGCUUAUCGAUGCGAAGUUUCGAGCGAAGCGCCAGCGUUUAGACUUGCCUCGCAGACGCAUAAUGUUACCGUUGCAGCAAUUCCCGAAGAGCGGCCCAAAAUCGAGCACCUGCAGGAGAGCUACCUCCUCGGCGACGAGCUCCGGGCCAAAUGCACUUCCGGUUAUGGCGACCCUAAACCUGCCCUGACCUGGUACGUGAACAAGCAGCCCGUUUCCGGCAAGCUCAUCCAGGAACUGAGUUCCUCUCCCACAAAGCCAUCAAACGACCGAAUCCAUCUCAAAAGCACAAUCAGCAUAUUAUCCCUCCACCUGGACAAGAAGAUCGCCCAAAACCGGGCCAGAACCCCUCUGGAAAUCACCUGCGAAUCCUCCAUCGACGGCAUAAACCAAGCAGUCGCCCCACCUUUGGCCACCACCAAAACCACCAUGGUUCUGGACCAGAACCAGAUCGUCAACAACCAGAAAUUGCACUCGCCGUACUCGGGGGGCUCCAAGGUGGCGCACAGGGUGGCUUCAGUGGUGUUGUUCGUGGUGGCGGCGCGGUGGUGUUGAUGAGUUGGUAAGGUGAGGUGGGUUUUUUGUUUAGGGACUUUCUUCAUUUUUUACGAUGUGUCUGUGUUUUUUAAUGAUGGAAAUCAUAUCACCGAUCCUCUGUAGGCACUAUUUAUGAUUAGACCAAACGUUUUUCGAUUUUAUGAUAAUAAUGUGAUACGGGACUCGAAAACACUUUGGUUUUGUUUAGCUCAAUGUUUUUUUAACGAAGUCAUGGUUGUUAUUAGACUUUUCUAUUGUUCAGGAUGGUUGUGAUGCGUUUUCACGUAGAUUUUUAUCGAAGUGUUAUGUUUAGGACCCUCUGUGUUUCAUAUCGGACGAGGGAUGUCUCAAAUUGCUGACUUGCUUCAAUCAGUUCGAGUGAAAUGUGGCUGUGGAACAAAUUUAAUUAAAACAGUUUCAAACUUGCAAACUAACAUAUUUUUUUUAAUUGUAAUCUUGUUUGUAUUCUCAAGCCUUUCAAGAAUUUGAUUAAAAAUAAAAAAACAACAAAAUAAUAUAACUUACUGUAAGUAUUGCGUUCUCGGUGCAUAUUUUGGAAAUACAGUGUCCACAUACAGGGUGGUGUAAUUAAAAAAAUAACCAUUAUUAAACAGUGAUAUUAAAUGGGCUGUGUUAUAAGGAUUUUCAAAAUUUUGACACACAAUUUGGUAAAAUGUGUUAUAACAAGAAUUAAAUUGAGAAGCAAAAACUGUAAGCUUCUCGGUUAUAUCGCGUUUUCUCCAAAUUUAAUCUUUGUUUUAGUAAAAAAACUAACUUUUUUAAGUAAAUAUUUUCAAAAUUGGCACAAUUGCAAAAAAUAAAAACGUCCACUGAUAUUUUUGUUCCUGAUUUUGAUUUACUUUUUUUGUAUAGUUCAUGAUAACUAAAUAUAAAUCUUAAAUUUUUUCGCAAAUAUUUCUAAAAUUAGCACUUUUACUCUGUAAGUAACACAACAUGAAUAAACAAAUACGAGUUAAACUACAGUUUGUUAAAAAAUGUUUGAAAUUAAGUAACUUUCUAACAGACCUAUUAAUGCUGAACAAAACAGAUUAGUUAAACAGACACUGUGGUAUUUGAUUAAUGUUUUGGUUAAAUUACCGGACAGACAAAUAAACUGUCUAUUCUAAAAAAAUUGCACUGUAGUAAUUUUAUUUUAUUUUAUUAAUCCGUGUUUUGGUAGAAAAUUUAUUUAUAAAAUAAAAAUCUAAAAUUAUUUAAAUAAAUAUUCCCAAUACUACCAACUGCAGUAUUGAAAUAUUAUAAGAGAAUAGCAAAUUUUAAUUAUGGAAUUUUGGUAAUUUUAUUAAUUAUUAUUAUUAAAACAAGGAUUGAAAUGGGAAGAUAAUAUUUAUUAAUGAUACGAGUGCGAAAACACAAGUUUAAAGAUCUAGGGCUGUUGUUGCAACGAGCGUAUGCGUGUUAUUCAAUGUAUUUUGUUGGUACAUUUUAAUUUAAAACACGUUGCUAUGGGAAGCGUGUUUUAAAAUAGUGAAAGCACCUUGCUAUUGGAAACGUGUUUUAAAAUAAUGUUUAUAAUUUAGGAUAUUAAAAAAAGGCUUAAAAGGUUUUCAACAAAAAAAUAGUUAGCUUUACAAAGUACGUAUUAAUUAAAUUAACGAACACAUUUUUUUGUUAUAUGGCUUCUUUUUUAAAAAAUCCUUUUUAAUCCUUUUAUUUUUAUAAAUAGUACACUUUGACAUUCUUUUAAAAUUCAUGACGGCACUUGUUUUUCUUUAUUAUAAAAUAAAAUUUAAUAAAUAUUUAUAUUUUUAGUGUAAUUUAAAAAUUAAUAAUCACACAGCAUUUAGCGUCUUAUUUUACCCCUAAUCUAAAGUUUUUUAUAAUUAUUAUUAAUUAAUUGAUUAAUUAAUUAAUAAGUCCAACAUUUAAAACAAAAUAGUUUUAAAUAUUGCUUUUUGCAAAAAUGUGGUUUAUUUAAAAAAAAACAAAUACAGGCUGGGGAAUUCAGACUCAUGCUGUAUGGGUAUAAUUAAAUACAAAUUUAAAACUCAAAUAUACCUACGUAAUCCUAGGGUUACAUUUUUUGACGUAUUUUUUGUACAAUAAUUUAAUUAAAUAUUUAUUAUUUUAAAAUAAAGCACUAAAAAUAAUUUUAAUCCUUAAUGAUAUCGAUCAAUUGAUAUUUUAUUAAUAAUAAUAUUUUAAUAUUAACAUUUGUUAUAGGAAAUUGGAGAAAAAUUCUGAAAGAGAAAUAAAUUAAGUAUUAAGUAGCAAAUGCUAAAUACCGUCUGAUUAUUAAAUUUUGAGAUACAACAAAAAAUAUUUUUCGCAGAAUCAACUAGUUCUUAAAUAUGUCUUAAGGCUGCACAACAAAACAAAAUUUUAAAAGAUUCAAUUUGUAUAUUAAAUGGUCGGUUAAAUGCUGUCUUAUAGUGAGGAAGAUUUUAUUUGAUUUCAAAUAAUAAAUACUUCAAAAUAAUCUAAGGAACAAGCGUUGGAGAAAAAUGGACUUUUGACUGUAAUUACGAAUCGACUGAGACUAUUAUUACAGUAUUUUUUUAAUUUGUGUUAUAUAUUGCUUUAUUUUCAAUUAACGCUUUGUUGAAAAAGUGCUUUUAGCCUUUAAUUUUUGUGAAAGUAUCUUGCAAUAACUACGUCACUAGAUUAUUUUGAUGACUCUGUUUGUAAUUUAGUAAUUCUUUGAGGAUUAAAAUGGGUAACAAAAACUUACAAAGCGUCAUUAAUUUAAUUCGCAAUUAAAUGCGUGAUUAACUGAUCACGUGACCAAAUUGAAACAGUCUGGUUGGUCCAUUCGCGUUGUUAACUUUUAACAACGCAAUUAACUUUAAUUUAGGAUUCUAUAAACCGGCUCUUAACGUUAGUUCCUCAAAUUAUAAGAGACAAUUAAACUGACGCAACUUUUAUAAUUAUUUGCUUCUUAUUAUAAUUUAUCUUUUAACUUCUGAAUUAGAAAUUGCAAAUUUGGUAAACUUUUAGAACUCUCACUCCUUUGUACGAAAUUUUUGGGUAAAAAAUAAUGGUUAAAUUAAGGAGCAUAAACUGUGAAUUGAAUAAUCAAUUUUAAUUUAUUUAAUUAAAUUAAAUCUAACUAAUUUUUUACAAUGAUAAACGCAUAGAAAUGGAACUGAUUUUUUGUUCUGUGAAAACAAUCUUUCGAUUCAAAAUUGUUAAUAACACUGUAACCAACCAAUAAAAAAAUUUGCUCUCUACUUUGACCCAAAUUUGCUAGUCUAACAAUUUCAUCGAUAUCUAAAAUGCGGGUUAAAAGUAAGGCACUCAGUUGAGGUUAUUUUUUACGUGAAAUGGUUGUUUUUAAGAAGUAAGACUUUAAAAUGAAUUGCGCUUCAUUUGAGCGAUGUGUCAACAGAAAGAUAAAUAAAUCUUUGCAAGUUGAAUGGAGUGUAAUCGCUUUCAAACUGCCAUAAAUAUCUCGAAAAUAUUUUUAUAGGUGUUGAGUUUUUGUGCGAAGAAAUAUCGGUCCGCUUUCUCCUUUCUGUUGAAUCACGGUGAGAUAAAUCAAAACCCUUUAGUCGAAAUAAAUUAUUCGGAACGUAUUUCCAGCUCAGCAAUUUGAGACAUCCUGUAUAAUUUUUUCCACAUCUCUAAGAUUACGUUUUGCGGCUCGGACUGGCCGUUUUUGUUCCCCUUCAUUACCAUAAACAUCCUUUCCACCAUCGUCGAGUUAAGCUCAGCGCCUCCCACCCCAUCCAUAUUUCCUCCCCCCAUGCCAGGCCGCAGGGCCGUAAUUUAGGUUGCUCCACAAAUCUUUGUUAAAUAAUGUGAUCCUAAAUUUCCAACGAUGUAAAUAAUAGUAGAUAUAUGUACAUACUUGAAUACCACACUUGGCAAUAAUCCUAUAAGUAUUAUGUUCAAGUAGUUACUUCAUGUAAAUGUACUGAAUAAAUCAUUUUAAUAAUGUUUGCACGACGUAAUGACCCGAAAGAAAAUUAAUAGCCCGGCCCUGGCGACGGAUUUAUCUCAUCCACAACGAAGUUUUGGCACGCGCCACAGGGCCGGACUCGUGCGAACGCUCAUUAUUUUUGCACACAUGGUGGAAUUGUACAGCACGUAUUUUACACACACACACAAUGUAAACUCUUAGGCUAAACCACUCAAUUCGAAGACGUAAACCUAAACUCAAUUAACUAAGUGUUAAGGAUAAAAACAAGAAAGCUAAUUAAGGCCAAAUACACUAAACUACCAAAAAUAAAAUCUAUUUGUGAUGAUGAUGUUUAUGAAAAUUAUUGUAUUAUAUUAAAGAUGUUAAUAUACGAGUCACGAAGA